CAGCUCUAGCGCCUUUGUGUGGAGGAGUGCGGCGCUGCUGUUUAAACACACACACAGGGGCGCCAGGCAGCUAACCAUGGUGAAUGUAAAGAAACGGAAAGGUCGGGUUGUGAUUGACUCUGACUCGGAGGAUAGUGCAAGCGAUGAUAAUUUGGAUCAGGAGCUCCUGUCUCUUGCCAAGAGAAAGCGUGUGGAUUCAGAUGAACAAGAAGAACCUGUUAGUAAGCCUGCAGCCUCCACAGAUUCAGAGACAUCAGACAGCGAUGACGAGUGGACCGUUGGUGGGACUAAAACCAAAAAGAAGGGGAAGCUGAGCCAAAAAGGCCCGGAAAAGAAGAACACGGUCAAGAAACGAAAGGGCAAGGCGGCUUCGUCCGGUAGCUCAAAUGGAGACAGUUCAGCCGAAAGUUCAGCUCCAGAGGAGGGCGAGGUGUCAGACUCCGACAGUAACAGCUCAUCCUCCAGCUCGGAUUCGGACUCAUCCUCGGAGGACGAGGUUUUCCGGGACGGAUAUGGAGAUGAUCUUAUGGGGGAUGAGGAGGACAGAGCCCGUUUGGAGCAGAUGACGGAGAAAGAGAGGGAACAGGAGCUGUUUAACCGUAUAGAGAAGAGAGAAGUUCUUAAGAGGAGGUUUGAAAUAAAGCAGAAACUAAAGACGGCAAAGAAGAAGGAAAAGGAGGAAAAGAAGAAGAAACAAGAGGAGGAGCAAGAGAAGAGAAAACUGUCUCAGGUCCCAGACCCUCAGGUGGUGAUGUCACAUAAUAAAGAGAGACGAAUUAAGAGGGAUGAAAAGCUGGACAAGAAGUCACAGGCUAUGGAAGAGCUGAAGGCAGAAAGAGAGAAGAGAAAAAACAGAACUGCUGAGCUUCUAGCCAAAAGGCAGCCACUAAAGACAAGUGAAGUGUACUCGGAUGAUGAAGAGGAGGAGGAAGAUGAUGAUGACAAGUCUUCGGUAAAGAGUGAACGCAGCUCAAGAUCAUCAUCUUUUGAUGAAGAGGAUGAGAAAGAAGAAGCACCGCCCAAGUCGCAGCCGGUUUCAUUACCAGAGGAGUUGAAUCGAAUCCGGCUGUCCCGGCACAAGUUAGAGCGCUGGUGUCACAUGCCAUUCUUUGCUAAAACUGUUACUGGUUGUUUCGUUCGGAUUGGCAUUGGAAACAGCAGCAGUAAGCCUGUUUAUCGGGUGGCUGAAAUCAUUGAUGUGGUGGAGACGGCUAAAAUUUAUCAGCUAGGGACCACACGGACAAAUAAAGGUCUUCAGCUCCGACAUGGAAACGACACACGAGUUUUUAGACUUGAGUUUGUGUCCAAUCAGGAGUUUACUGAAAAUGAGUUUAUGAAAUGGAGAGAGGCGAUGAUGGUGGCAGGAAUGCAGCUUCCUACUCUAGAUGAGAUCAACAAAAAAGAGCAAUCCAUUAAGGAGGCGGUUAACUACAAAUUCAAUGACAAAGACAUUGAGGAUAUUGUCAAAGAGAAAGACAGAUUUAGAAAGGCGCCACCAAACUACGCUAUGAAGAAAACGCAGCUUCUCAAGGAGAAGGCCAUGGCUGAGGAGAGCGGUGAUGGAGACAAAGCUAAAAACUUGCAGGAUCAGUUGAAUGAGCUAGAAGAGAGGGCAGAAGCACUUGACCGUCAGAGAACCAAAAACAUCUCCGCCAUCAGCUAUAUCAACCAGAGGAAUCGGAGUUGGAACAUUGUGGAAUCUGAGAAGGCUCUGGUGUUGGAGGGACAGAACUCUAAGAACCAACAGAUGGAUCCGUUCACAAGACGGCAGUGUAAACCCACCAUGGUGUCCAAUGCAAGAGAUCCCUCAGUCCACGCUGCCAUUCUGGCUCAUCUUAAUCAGAAAUACGGUUCAGGCUCGGGACAGGACAACCCCCAGCAGGCUAACAAACAGGGCCAGACCAGUCAGAAAGACAAAGACGUUACCAAGCCAUCCAGCGAUCUUUCAGAGGACCUUUUCAAAGUGCACGACUUUGACGUCAAAAUUGACCUACAGGUUCCUAAUGCUGAAGCAAAGUCACUGGCGGUGAGUUCAAAUGCAUUGCCUGUUAAAGAUGGAGCUCCACGUCGAUCUCUUAACCUGGAGGACUACAAGAAGAGACGAGGACUCAUCUGAUCUCUGACUCCGCCUACAUUUUUAUCUUCCCCUGCAUGAUUGGCUACCUGUGCCGGGGCUAUAAAGCUGUGGCCACCCCCUGUGUGUGUGUGAAUGUGUUUUGGAAAGUAUGUGUGUGUAUGUAAAUGUAUGAUACAGAGAGAGUGCAUACCUUUAUGAGUGUGUUUGUGUGUGACAGAAGAGUGCUUGUAUGAUCGAUUCACUUGUAUGCGAGAGAAAAUAUUCAUAAAUACUGAACUUUCAGGUUUUUUCCUGUAAAGGGGACUUUCUGGGAUGAAAAGUCAUCCGUGUUAAUUAUAGCCUGUGCAGACAUGAGAACAAACCUCCUUUGAAGUCUCCUUUUCAUACUGAUGUAUGAAGCACAUUUUCUCUUUUUCUCAGAUCCUCACAGAAAAGACCCUUUUAUAUUCAUGCUUGUGAAUGACUAUCUCAAAGGACACUAUUAAAAGGAACACAAAUCUUGGGUUUUUUGGAAAUUGCUGUUAGUUAUAAAUAAUGUUAUUUGGUCUACCCCACUCCUUUAUCUUUUUGAAAAAUGCUCUGAAUUUUCCAAACCAUGUGGUUAUGCCAGUUCUGUUAACUCUGCUUGCUGGUGUAAAGGUUGAAUGGCUGACCAAUCAACGGGUGUCUUGACAGUGGCCAAUGACAUCACACUCCCUAAAGAAAAAUGUUCGCUUCAUUGAGAUGUUAAUGAAAUAAAUGUGUCAGAUAUGGACAAAAAAGUUGGGAAUUUAUGUAUCGUUUUGUUUUCUUUUUUCUUCCACAUCCCUCUGCUUCAGAGCUGAUGUAAGUGUUAUUAUUGACAUUAAUUAUUGAUGAUGUCUUUUAGUCGGUUCUCGUGUCGAUGUGGCAUGCCUUGUAAAUAAGCGAUCUUGAGUGAGUGCGGCUGAUUAAAGGAGAAACUUUCAUACUAA